CUACACAAGAAGCCAAAAGAGCAGCCACUCUUCUGUAAAUUGAAAAACAAAGCCGGUAUCUUACACAACAUGAGAGCUGCAUCUUACAGUCAGAAGAGUCUGCAAGUUAGCAGUGCCAGCAGAGCGAGAGUUCAAAGUCCGUCACCUUCCCGGUGCCGUGGAGCUUCUUUUGACAGCCGGGGACGCUCGGGUUAUCAUGGAACUGCCAUCGAGGUGGGCACAGAGAUACAUCAGCACCAUGCCAAUGAGAAAGAGGAAAUGCAGGAACUCAAUGUCAAGUUCGCAGGAUACAUUCAGAAAGUUCAGGCGCUUGAACAGAGAAAUGCUUCUCUUCAAGCUGAGCUAACUGCCCUGCAGAGCCGCUAUAAGGGAGGCCCCACGGGCAUCGGAGAAGAAUACGAGCUCAAAUUUAAAGAGGUGCGAGAGCUAAUUGAGGUCCUGACAAAUGAGAAGGGAGCAGCUGAUAUUGAACGUGGCUACAUCGAAGAAGAAGUAGAAGUUUGGAGACUUAAGCUGGAGGAGGAGCUGGCACUUAAAGAAGAAGCAGAAAUGAUUCUGAAGGAGUUUCGUCAAGAUGUUGACAAUGCCACGCUGCAGAAGGCUGAGCUGGAGAAGCGCAUAGAACAACUGGUGGCCGAAAUAGAGUUUCUCAAGAAGCUGCAUGAUGAAGAAGUGGCUGACCUCAUGAAGCAGAUUGAGGACUCAAAAAUUAGUGCUGAGAUGGAUGGCGAUCGCCCUGAUCUGGCUGCUUAUUUGCGUAACAUGCGUGCAGAGAUAGAAGCUGUUGCUGCUCGCAAUGUCCAAGAAGCAGAGAAGUGGUACAAGACCAAGUUUGACAAUCUCAAGGACCAUGCUGGCAAACAUGAAGAACACAUGAAAACCAUGAAAGAGGAGAUCACCACCUUCCACAACCAGGUGACAGAUCUUCAGAAUCAGAUUGAUGGUCUGAGGGCUCGCAAUGCCGCCCUGGAGCAGCAGCUGGAAGACAUGGAGAUCUCCCACAUGGAUAAGGUGGGGAACCUAGACAGCGUCAUCGCUCAGUUGGAGUCUCAGCUCUGUGAUACCAAACUGGAGAUGACCAAGUAUCUCCAAGACUACCAGGAACUGCUGCACAUUAAACUCAAGCUGGAUGCAGAGAUUGCAACCUACAGGAAGCUGCUGGAGGGAGAAGAGGAGAGGCUGGGAAUUCCCAAAGAUGUCUAAUUACAUGGGAGAGGUUCAGCGGCGAGUUUAAAGAAUGGUCACAAAGAGAAUUCGCAGAGUAUCAUGGAGUUUCAAGAUCAGUUCACUCUAUUUCUUACCCUUCUUCUUUUUUGCGGUCUUUUAAAAAAUGUGUUUUUCUGAGCACAGAUGCCAACACUUCUCCUGACACUUUGCCUAGACAUGACUCCACUAAUCAGGUGUUAUAAAUUUUGGGUACAUAUUUUUUGAUAUGAACUCUGCCUGCAUCAUAUAAGGAAGAGUUUUGAUCUAUUCUUGUAAUCUUAUAUGUAUGCUUGUGUAGUUUUGGAUACUCUGUGGUGCAGACAAAUUUCCCCUAAACAGUUUAUUGAGAUAUAAGACCCAGCCCUUUCCUACCCCUUAUUUGUCUGUGAUCAUAUUGUCCUUAUGUAUUCUCAAAAUGAUCUUCAUUCCUAUUCAUUGCCUUCCCAUAACUCUUGAAUGUUUGGGGUUUUUUUUUUUUUUUGGAGUCCUCAUUUCUCCUCGUUGCUUUCAUUUGCUCAUGCUUAUGCAGUACCCCUGCUAAAUUUAUCUUCUGUCUUUUCUGACAAGUCAGCCCCACUGUUGUACCUUCUCUGUUAUCACUUCCUUUUGCUACAGUUUGUCACUUUUUGCCAUCACUGUCUCUCUUUAUGAAAGUUUUGGACCCGUCUGUCUUCUAAAUGAAACACUCAACUCAAGCAAAGCAAUAUAUAAUUGUAGUAUUGUGACUGAUCUUUACAGCAACUCCAGUUAAUUCUGAAUGUUUUGACAAAACUGUUGACCAUUCACACUAAUGUUGACCAAUUUAAUAAAGAUUUA